AUGGCAAUUGCAGCGCAAACACCUGAUAUUCUCGGCGAAAGACAGUCCGGCCAGGACGUUCGCACUCAAAAUGUGAUGGCGUGUCAAGCAGUCGCCAAUAUAGUUAAAUCCUCUCUCGGUCCUGUUGGUCUUGACAAGAUGCUUGUGGAUGAUAUUGGAGAUGUAACAAUUACCAAUGACGGUGCAACUAUUCUUAAGAUGUUAGAAGUAGAGCACCCAGCUGCUAAGGUGCUUGUGGAGUUGGCUGAGCUUCAAGACCGAGAAGUUGGAGAUGGUACAACUUCUGUUGUUAUUGUAGCUUCAGAGAUGCUCAAGAGAGCAAAUGAUCUAGUAAGGAAUGGGAUUCACCCAACUUCAAUCAUCAGUGGAUAUAGACUUGCAAUGAGGGAAGCAUGCAAAUAUGUUGAUGAAAAAUUGGCAGUGAAGGUUGAAAAGCUUGGAAAAGACUCUCUAGUAAACUGUGCCAAGACAAGUAUGUCCUCAAAGUUGAUAGGCAGUGACAGUGACUUCUUUGCAAAUUUGGUUGUCGAUGCUGUACAAGCAGUAAAGAUGACAAAUGUAAGAGGUGAAGUCAGAUAUCCCAUCAAGGGCAUCAAUAUUUUGAAAGCUCAUGGCAAGAGUGCCAAGGAUAGCUACCUUUUGAAUGGCUAUGCUCUAAAUACUGGCCGUGCUGCUCAAGGAAUGCCUAUGAAAGUUGCACCUGCAAGGAUUGCAUGCCUUGACUUUAAUCUUCAGAAGACAAAGAUGCAAUUGGGUGUACAAGUCUUAGUCACUGAUCCCAGGGAGCUUGAGAAAAUUCGUCAGAGAGAAGCUGAUAUGACGAAGGAACGCAUUGAGAAGCUCUUGAAAGCUGGAGCCAAUGUUGUUCUAACUACAAAAGGAAUUGACGACAUGGCUCUUAAGUACUUUGUGGAGGCUGGGGCUAUUGCUGUGAGACGUGUUCGGAAGGAGGAUAUGCGCCACGUUGCCAAGGCGACUGGUGCAACCUUGGUUUCAACAUUUGCUGAUAUGGAAGGGGAGGAAACAUUUGAGUCAUCAUUGCUGGGGUAUGCUGAUGAAGUUGCAGAGGAGCGGAUUGCUGAUGAUGAUGUCAUUAUGAUUAAGGGGACAAAAACUACAAGUGGUGUAUCCUUGAUUCUUCGAGGUAGUAGCAGGAGGGGGGCAGUUGAGUCUGCCUUAUCUGUGUAUUUGGAGUACCUUGCUACAACUCUGGGAUCACGAGAACAGUUGGCAAUUGCUGAGUUUGCUGAAUCUUUAUUAGUUAUACCAAAGGUGCUUGCUGUCAAUGCUGCUAAGGAUGCCACCGAGUUAGUUGCAAAACUACGGGCUUAUCACCACACAGCACAAACCAAGGCUGAUAAGAAGCAGUUGUCCAGCAUGGGACUUGAUCUUUCAAAAGGGACUGUUCGCAACAACUUAGAAGCUGGAGUCAUUGAGCCUGCCAUGAGCAAAGUGAAGAUAAUUCAGUUUGCCACUGAAGCAGCCAUAACCAUUCUUCGAAUCGAUGACAUGAUAAAGCUUAUCAAAGAUGAGAGUCAGAAUGAUGAGCAAUAG